UCAGGGGGAGAGGGGAGAGGGCGGGGGGAGAGAGAGCGGGUGAGACCCAGAGAGAAGAACGAGAGAGAGGGGGAGACUGGGAGACACAGUAGGAUGGGUUUCAGACUGAAGGGGGUCGAUCAGGAAGCACUUGAACCCACGGUGGUGAUUUCUGGGGUGGAGAGGAUGACAUGGCCCCUCCCAGCAGACUCUGCAAAUCCUUGGACAGCCAGGCCACAAAGCUGUGCAUCCAGCCUCACCCCUCCCCAGCAGAGGACGGCUGGGAGAGGAGCAAGGUCUCUAGUCUGAACUUAGGCAUCGAGACCACGGGUGGGCUAGCCCCAGCAGAAGUCUAUUUGCCUGAGCUUUGAGGGGCCCCCUGAGAAAGAACCCAUCCUGGAGCAAAAGGGAACCCAUCCUAUGGGCUUGGCCCAUAACGAAGAUUGGUCCUCUGCAGGCAAGGAGUCUGAAUAUAAAAUCCCAAAGAGGAAAUCCCCAGGGCACACGUAGCUCUGGUCAGACAUUCCUCUAACAAGCAUCACUAUAGGAAGGGACAGAGAUACUCGUCCUGGUUUUGAAACAGAACAUAAAGCAGCACUGGCUCCCUGAGGGCUUGGGGUCCUCAGCUUUGGAAGGAAAAGAAAUACCCAUCAGCGGCCCAGCAGGAGGUGGAAGGCUGGUGGAUGCGGGUCCUGGCAGAUGCCCUGUGGUGGUCCCAGGCAGUGCUCACCCACAUGCAUGAGGCGUGCUCUGGACUUCUAGAAAUAAUUUGGGGCCACUUAUAGUGGGGUGAAGCUCCACCUAAGCUGGUAGAGGUCAGAACCAGGGAAACUUGGAUUAGACUUCUAAUGGGGUCCCACUUACGUGGGUGAGACCUGGGGAGAGCUGAGUUCCAUUAGGAAAGUGAAAAGUAGGGACCAGCUAGCAAGGUAAGACCUGACCCCUCCCACAGAAGUGCAACCUGGGGACCUUUGUUCUGGAAACGUUUUCUCUUGAAUCUUCCCACUUGUAGCAAGUGUCACGGGCCCUAAAUGUCAGCUUUGGACAGGGUUCUUCCUAGUCUCUCCCCUCUGCCCGUGGCCAUCUCAGACCCAUCAAGACCCCUGAUCAAACGCUACCUCUGAACACCAGGUGUGGGUGCAUGGGUGUCUGAGCGAGAGAGUGGGAGAGAGCAAGUGAGGCGGCAGCCCCAUUGCCCAGGCAGCUCUGAAAGACCGAGGUAAAAGACAGGAAGACGCUAAACACAGCUAUUUUAUUGUCUACCUGAUAAUUUUCUGUAAUUUCCAAAUUACUUUCUGUAAUUCCAAAAAGGCAAAUGUUGGGACUUCCCUGGCGGUCCAGUGGUUAAGACUCCACGCUUCCACUGCAGGGGGCACGGGUUCGAUCCCUGGUUGGGGAACUAAGAUCCUGCAUGCCGUGUGGUGCGGCCAAAAAAUAAUAAUAAAAUAAAAAAGAAAGAAAGAAAAAGGUAAAUGUUACUUUUUCUAAAUUAAAUGUAAAAAGUACAAAUAAGCAGUACUUUUCACAAGUUUCUGUGCUUUCCCUAUGGUCACUCCUGAGGUGUUUGAAGUUCUUUAUGUAAUAACCAGCAGGCGUAGAAGGCAUCCUGCCUGGUUGUGACAGAAGCCGUUCGGCUGGGCAGGUCAAACUUGACCAAUGUCUACCGCGUGGUACCCCACUUGGGGACAAGGACCUGUUGUGGAAGGAGACGGACAUUAGCAUUUUUCCCUGCUCACCUCCACCGACUCUCAGCUCAUCCAGAGAGAGUGAUUGACAGCCCCAAAGGCUGCUGGACAACUAUUUGAAAGAGGGGUCCACAGAGAGGCCUCCUCCACCUGUUACUCUUUUCUCUAUCACUUCACAUCCAUAGGGGUCCCUAAGCCCCGGGAGAAGGGUCAGGUGCAAAUCUGGUAAACCAAGAAGCUCUAGCAGUUGUCAACUUAAUUAGUCUUCAGGAAAAAUCUAUGGAUAUAUGAGCACAGUGGAGUUGCUAUGGAGACAGACCCAGGAGGCGCAUUUAGAACAGGGCCUCAUCACAUCACCUGAUAAAAAUAAGACCCAGGCUUUUUAAUAGAAUGAAUUACUUAAGUUUUAUAUUUAACAGGGGACAAUACCAAGGCUAUUACUGGUUUUCAGAAUAUUUUAGGAAUCCGAGCUGCCUGCUUCUGCAUAUGUUGGCAGCCAUCAUAGUAUAUGCUUGGCUGGCCAGCAUUUAGGAACAGGAAGGCCACGUGUCUCUCCCAUCCUUGAGAUGAGAGAUGGUCCUUCUCACUUUGGGCUUGUCCUCCUUUAACUGGGUGAGUGAUUUUCAAUGUGUUUCUGAGAAAAGACUGUAUUGUGCUCUGCAUUGGCCCCUUGCAUGUAUUGUUGCUGAUAUAUAAUAACCCUAUGUAGUAAUGGUCUCAUUUUGCAGAUGAACAAACGAGGCUCAGAGAGGUUCAAAAUUUUUCCAAGGUCACACAGCUAACAAGUGAUGGAGUUGGGAUUCAGAGCCAGGCGUCCCCCAUUCUGAAGCCCUUUGUUUUAUAAGAUGACAACCACGAUCUCUGCCUGAAGAAUCUAAAUGAAUCUAAAGAGAGUCACUAUUUUUGUUGAUAUUUGACACGGACCUUGUCAUGGUUUAAUCUCUCCUCCAAAGUGGUCCCACAGUGGGUGGGUUCCAAGAAGAAAUCCGCAGAGAUUCUGACCCCCUGCUGAUGAGCACCUCUCCAAUCAUUCAAGGCAAGUGUUCAUUUCAGACUAACUUCUUACCAUCCAACAGGCUGCCAGGCUGCCUCUUCCUUAAGUCAGAACACCAGCAUCAUGAACACAAGAUCCCAAAGUGAACACGGGUAAGGGAGUGUCUCCGCUGCUCUUGCAUGCAAGAGAAUGUAAAUGUAUGAAAUCUAGCUGGAAAUCCAACAUGACGGUUCUUUUUUUGACAGUUUGCCUUUGGAUUAUUCAAGACCCCCCUACUUUGCAGAGAGAUGCUUUCUUAUUAAUUAUGUUUUUUUUUUUUUUACUAGUUUUCUAACGAAGGCCUACCUAUGCCCAUAGGGUGCCAGUCUUUCCUUGUUGUGGGAAAGAUGGUGCUGGUGAUGAUAAAGCUGGGUGUGAGGUAAUGCAGGUGACAGGGAGGGGAAAGGUGGUAGGGAAGCUAGGGGCCCAAUGGUGAGGGCUAUGCUAAGCAGAGGUUCGUAUAUUCCCUCCCCAACUCCCCACAUUUUAGCAGCUGCAGGUAAUGAGAGAAAUCCCCUGGGCUUCAAGGGAUCUGGGCAAAACUGACAUGCCAGGCUUGGUGGAAAUCCUAAGCAAGACAUCAAUCCAAUGGACCAGGCAGAGGGGCAGAAGGCAGGUAGACUCCACAGACUGGAGGCCGGGACCCAGGCCAGGGCAGGAGCUUGGAAUCAGAGCGGAGGGAGCGAGGUCUCAGGGCAGGCCCUGAGCAGUGUGCCUUCCCCAGGCUGCCCACAGCCUCCAGCACGGGCGCUGGGCGAAGCAGCCUGUGCUGUUGAAAUAAUGCCGUGAGGACCCUUGGCAUGUAAUGAGCUCAGCGGACUCCGUGCAAAUCGAACUUCUACAUCAGGCCAUCGCGCGGAGGUUCAAAGCACAGGCUUUGGGCUCAGGCCGGCUUUAUACGUUCUGGCUUUGCCACUUACCAGCUAUGGUUACCCAGCACCUAAGCUCAGUCACUUAAGCUCUCCCCACCUCAGCUUCCUCAUCUGUAAAAUGGGAAUGAAUGACGUCAGUCAGAUGCCAAGGGUGAGCCCAGAUAGGAAAAUGGCCAGUGGCCAUGGCAAGGGCCAGAUGCAACUCCCACCCUGUUGGCUGGGUGAAUUCCAUGCCUGGGACGGAGAGCACUAGACCGCCCCUAGCCUUGCCUCCCUCCACGAUCCUCAGGACCCUUGGAUACCGCACCCCCAUCUCUGUCCUCUCUUGCUAAAGGGGUUCAGCCUUUCAGCAUCCCCCCAGGCUCUGUGGCCCUCAACCAUGAGCUCUUUCCAUGAAUAGGGUAAUGCGUGUGCCCCGGUCAUUGCCUGCCACCAAGACUGCCCCACCCCUGUCUUUACCCUUUGCCCUCUAAAUGAGGAAGCCAGCGCUGCCAGGCCAAGAACUUCUGCCCAAUUUGGGUCUUGGGUGGCCUCUGGCCUCCCUCUUCCCCGGGGCCCCUGGCCAACUCCUCCCUCCCCUCAGGGAUGCUCGCUGCUCACUUCAUUCCUGCUUCAUAGUUGGAAUGACAGUGGCUCCCAGCAUCCCUGGGUGCCGGGGGUCUGGGGAGGCCGCCAGGCCCAGCAGCAGGUUAGUGUUACAGCCCUGGAUGAGUGAGCCAGGCCAGCUGACGUCAGGGUGAUGAAGGGCGGCGGGGCGGGCCAGGCUGCUGAACUAUAAAGAUAGGUCAAAUCAAGCAGAACCAACUCGGGUCGGAGUGAGCGGGCCAGCUAGACCGCGUCCCCAAGCCAUGGUCCGUACCGGCCGCGGCUCAGCCCGGGUCCCUCUGCUCCAGACCCGAGUGCCCAGAGCAGGCUUUCGUUUCAUGUCAGCAGCCUUCAACUGCCUUCCAAAAAUAAGCCCCUGCCGCCAUGCGGAGGGGAGGAAAACAAGAAGGGCGGUAUUUUUAGGGCCAUUAAUUCCGACCACGUGCCUGAGAGGCAAGGUGGAUGGCCCUGGGACAGAGGCAGCUCAUCACUAUGUCCCGGGGAGCAGGACGUCUGCAGGGCACGCUACGGGCUCUCGUCUUCCUCGGCGUCCUCGUGGGCAUGGUGGUGCCCUCCCCUGCGGGCUCCCGCGCCAACAGCACGCUGCUGGCUUCGAGGGGCUGGGGCACCCUGCUGUCCAGGUCUCGGGCUGGGCUGGCUGGAGAGGUUGCUGGCGUGAACUGGGAAAGCGGCUAUUUGGUGGGCAUCAAGCGGCAGCGGAGGCUCUACUGCAACGUGGGCAUCGGCUUCCACCUCCAGGUGCCCCCCGACGGCCGGAUCAGCGGCACCCACGAGGAGAACCCCUACAGCCUGCUGGAGAUUUCCACAGUGGAGCGAGGCGUGGUGAGUCUCUUUGGGGUGAAAAGUGCCCUCUUCGUUGCCAUGAACAGUAAAGGAAGAUUAUACACCACGCCCAGCUUCCAAGAGGAGUGCAAAUUCAGAGAGACCCUCCUGCCCAACAAUUACAACGCCUACGAGUCAGACCUGUACCGAGGCACCUACAUCGCGCUGAGCAAAUACGGACGGGUGAAGCGGGGCAGCAAGGUGUCCCCGAUCAUGACCGUCACUCACUUCCUCCCCAGGAUAUAAGGACCCUGAAGGAAGGCUCACAGGUGGAAAGCAAUGUCUUUUCUGUUGGAAUUUUGCACAAGUGAACAAUCCCCCCCUCCCCCCAUGCCCCCCUAUUCGGGCUCCUUUUAUGCCUGGGGGGACCUGAGUCGGUUCCCUUGGCCACCGGACCCCAUGACACGUGACCCACCCAAGCGAGGGGUUGCAGCCGGCAUCCUAGAAUGGCAAUGGAUCCCAUGCUCUGACCUCAUCUGAGGAAAGACGGUCCAGAGACACUUGGGGGGUGGGACCUUGGGCACAGGAGAAGGCAGGGAGGAAGCGUGUGUGUGUGCUGGUGCAUAUCUGUACAUCUUGGUAUAUAUCGUCAGAACCAAGGCAUCUCGGAACAGCAGGCUCCUUCCUCCCGGGGUCAUCGCUUCAGGAAUCUGCCUGCAGGAAUGUCACCUGUCAACCCAGCAGGAUUGACACGUGCUCCCAUUCUGCCUCUUUCCAAUCACCUUUCCAUUCAGAGGCCACUGACUGCGCGGGUUGCAUGGAGGUGGGGGCAGCAGCUGUCCUCUAAGUGCAGGGAGGGCAGGGUGACAGGCAGUAAGAUUUAGCUGCUGACCAGGAGUGGGCAGGUACUCCGGGCAUCCUGCGUGUGAGGGCUCUGGGGACACUGGGACACAUCGUCAGGGAGGCUGGGGGAGAAGGGAUCCCCCUCUCGGAGGAAAGGGUAGAGCAGCGUCUCUGGCAGGGAAACCUGCUCGAAGCAGCGGGAGAGACUGAGUGUUCUAGAGAGAGCCUUUCUGCCUGGAAGUCAGUGCUGCGCGUAGCUCGAGAACAAGCUGGGGCCAGGCUGCCUGCCCAUAAUUUUUCCUCACCUUGAACCAGGUCUUAUUUUAACCUCAGAUGACAGGGAUCCUAAUAAUGGCAACCUCUUUGGCGAGGGGUGAGGGGGUACAAAAUAGGCCACGAAGGAAGUAGAGAGGCUUUGGACUACAGAUGCUAAUUCCUUUCCAGCAACGUCCAGGAAACUCACCCAAGUUCUCAUCUGAUACUCUCACUUCCUUCUCGGGCGUCCUCUGCCACAUGCGCUGGUGCCUGGGCGCAGCGGAAUCGGGCAUCGUGACCUCCGGAGUUUGCCCCCUCUGACCCCCCUACGGUAGGAGAGGAGUGAUAAUCCCGUGAAACAGAGCAGCCAAGCUGAAACAGCUCCUUGCCGUACCAUGCCUCCUUGCCUCCUGUCCUUGGAGAGUAUUUAAAGAAGAGGUGCCCCAAGCGACUAUAAAUGUUGUCCUCCUGGAGCCUUCAGAUUCCUGAACCAUUGGAACGUUCCUAAACCUGAAACAAGAGAGACCCGUAUCAGAGCACAGAUAUUUUCAGUGUCUGUGGCUUUGCAGAAUGAGCUGACACCCUCUGCGACUCUCGGGGGCCCCAGCCCGUGAGACAAGCCCUCAUCUGCUGCAAAUACCUUCGCCUUCGACAUACCUCUCUAUUUGCAGAGGUGGCCAUCUAUAGAUUGACCUGAGAUGAGCUGAGGAUAGAGGUUGGCAAUCCAAGGAAGAGACGCCCUACUGGCUGUCUCCCCGCCUGGCACAUAUCAGGGCAGGUGCAUGCUGGGGGAGGAAGAAAAGGCUGCACCACGGGGGGCGAAGACGGAACGGACAGUAAGAGCUCAGGACGAGAGUGGUGAAACCUUGGAUAGAAACUGGACCGAGUUGAGGUCUUGGUCAAGCAGAAGGGGGAGAAAAUUGGUCCAUCUUGA